GUUAAACUUGUAAACAUGGUGGCCCCGACGUUGACUGCGAGGUUGUACUCCUUGCUGUUCCGCAGGACCUCUACCUUCGCCCUCACCGUCGUCGUGGGCGCCCUGUUCUUCGAGCGCGCCUUCGAUCAAGGCGCAGACGCGAUCUACGAACACAUCAACGAGGGGAAGCUGUGGAAGCACAUCAAGCACAAGUAUGAGAAUAAGGAGUAGCUCCUUGGAGGCUCCCGUCCAGGCCAGAAGGACCAGGUCCAGCACCAGCUGUUUGCCCAGGGCCGGGGCCUCAGCUCGAAGACAUGCUCGCGCCGCUUUCCACAGACCACCUUGAGCUGUCCACAGGAGAUGGCGUCACCUGACAGACUCUUUAACUUCUGCUGUGUCUGAAGUAUGUUUAGUCAGAGUCAUCACCAAAUAAAUGUAAAUUGUCCUUGAAAAAAAAAAAAAAA